AUGGCGGAUACUGAGACUAAUGGUGUCGCUACGAACGAGAAGGAUCGGGAGGUGGAGAUCUUCUCGAGCCCCGACCACCGUGGCGACGGAGACGGCGAAGCCAAGUUGAAGCAGAAGACCGAAGCGCUGGUUCAGGAGAACGAUGAAUUGAAGGACCAGGUCUCGCAGUUGAAAUCCGAGAUGGAAUCACUGAAAUGGGAGGGAUCGGAGAUGAUGCAGAGGCUGGAAGAGAUGGAGAGCGAGCUCGAGGAGGCGGAAGAGAACAAGAAAACGCUGGAUUCGAUAGCUUCUCGGGCUGGGGAGCUCGAGAUCGAGAGUUCUAGUUCACGGCUGGAGCUAUGGCUAGAUCAGUGGUGGUGUGGCAGCAGAGCUUCUCCCUCAAGUAGUUCUGUUUUGCCUCAGAGAAGCCUGGUAAAAGUUGUAUGA